AUGGCAUACUUGAAGGCAAACCACUUCCGCGUCGACGGCAGUUCGUCGUAUCCGUACGAAGGCGCCAAUCGAACGUGUCGCUUCACCAAUACGGGUGGUGUUCAAUUCAGUGGUCUCGAUGCAUGGGCAAUUAAAACCGAUAUUGUAUGGAAUAUGCAGUACUUUCUGGCCAAUAUUGGUCCACUUUAUGUUCAUAUGUAUGUGGGCGGAAAAAAAAGUUCAAAAUCAUUGCUGUCAGCGUCGAGUAGCAGUGAGAUUGAACGUACGUUUCUGUCGUACGUUAGUGGUGUUUUCUAUUCCUCAUUGUGUACUUAUUGGCAAGGUCAAACGAAUCAUGCUAUGGCCAUAGUCGGAUAUGGAAUGGACUCAGCGAGCGGACAGCCCUAUUGGAAAGUGAGAAACUCUUGGGGCAACACAUGGGAAGAAAAUGGUUAUGUCCGAGUUUUUCUAUGA